AUGCUUGACGACAUGCUACCUGGAGAUAACGUCCUUCCAACAUCAACAUAUGCGAUGAAUAAGUUCUUGAAGGUAUUUGGUUUUGGUUAUGAGAACAUUCACGCAUGCAAGAAUGAUUGCAUUCUUUAUCGGAAGCAGUACAAGGAUAUGACAAGCUGCCCUAGAUGUAGUGCUUCAAGAUGGGAGAUGGAUAAGCAUACAAGCGAGAAAAAGACAGGGAUUCCAGCUAAGGUUCUUAAAUAUUUCCCGAUAAAGGACAGAUUCAGAAGGAUGUAUAGAUCAAAAAGGAUGGCAGAGGAUCUAUGUUGGCAUUUCAGUAAUGCUUCAGAAGAUGGAAUGAUGCGGCACCCCGUGGAUUUUAUAACUUGGGCUCAGGUUAAUGAUAAAUGGCCACAGUUUGCGUCUGACUCGAGAAAUCUUCGACUUGGCUUGUGUACUGAUGGGAUGAAUCCUUUUGCGAGUCAAAACACCAGGUAUAGUACAUGGCCCGUGUUUCUUGUGAACUACAACAUGGCACCUACAUUGUGUAUGAAGGCUGAGAAUAUAAUGCUCACUCUAUUGAUACCUGGUCCAACUGCACCGAGCAACAACAUCGACGUGUAUCUUCAACCGUUGAUAGAAAAUCUACAGGAUUUGUGGAAUAAAGGUGUGGACGUUUAUGAUGCCUUCGCAAAGGAAACUUUUAAUCUUAGAGCUAUUUUACUGUGGACAAUCAGUGACUAUCCUGGUUUGGGGACAUUGGCAGGUUGUAAAGUUAAAGGUAAACAAGCGUGUAAUGUUUGUGGCAAGGAUAAACCUUUUAGGUGGCUUAAGUUUAGUAGAAAACAUGUCUACUUAAGCAAUAGGAUAAGACUCCCUGGGCAUCCUUACAGACGCAAACGUGGUUGGUUUGACAACACGAUAGAAGAAAGGACUGCAUGUAGAAUUCAAACAGGGGUUGAGAUAUAUGAGCAUUUGAAAGACUUUAGGAAUGAUUUUGGUAGAGCUUUAGAUAAGAAAAGUAAAAGAAAGAGGUCUGAUUUGUGUGAAGAUGAUGAACUUUCAGAAGAUGAAUAUGAUGAAGACAGUUAUCAAUGGAGGUGGAAGAAGUGUUCUAUUUUAUUCGAUCUUGAUUAUUGGAAGGAUAUGCUUGUUCGUCACAACAUUGAUGUAAUGCACGUUGAGAAAAACGUGUCUGAUGCCUUGUUGUCCCUUCUUAUGCAUAGUGCUAAAUCUAAAGAUGGCUUAAAGGCAUGGCAAGAUUUAAAAGAUAUGGGUAUUCGGGAAUCAUUACACGCACAAGUAUGUGGGAAGAGAAACUACUUACCACCUGCUGCUUAUUGGCUUUCCAAGACAGAAAAAAGAGUUGAUCCUCCUACAAUUGGUGGCUUGAAGUCUCAUGAUCACCAUGUGUUACUACAAAACUUGUUACUUGUGGCUUUAAGAGUACUGCUGCCAACUGGACCUAGGAUUGCAGUGACUAGAAUAUGCAACUUCUUCAAUCGAUUGUGUCAACGUGUGAUAGACCCAAAGAAGUUUAUAUUGUUGGAGGUUGAGGUUAUUGAGUCAUUGUGCCAAAUAGAGAGGUUCUUUCCUCCUUCCAUGUUUGAUAUCAUGUUCCAUCUUCCUAUUCAUCUAGCAAGGGAGACACGGUUGGGUGGGCCGGUCCAUUUUAGAUGGAUGUAUCCUCUCGAGAGGUAUAUGAAAACCCUGAAGUCAUAUGUUAAGAAUUAUGCAAGACCAGAAGCUUGUAUGGCUGAGGAAUACAUGGCAGGAGAAUGCAUUGCCUUUUGUUUGGAGUUUCUAAAGUCUUCUGUACCAGUUCUAGGAGCUGCAGUCCGUAAUGAAGAUCUUGAUCCAGAUGAGCACAUCCUCGAAGGUCGUCCAAUUAACAAGUCUAAACCAAUUGUACGUACAGAGAAAGAGCGGGAGAUAGCGCAUAGAUAUGUUCUGAUGAACACAACAAUGUUUACUCCAAUGUUGAGUAAGUGA